GUUGCACGGGCGUGCCUUUGACCCUGCAGCAGCGCCUGGACAUGUUGAUAGGAGUGGCGCGCGGGCUGGAGUAUCUGCACAGCUUUGGCAUCGUGCAUCGCUGCCUUUGCCUUCGAAGCAUUUUUCUGGAUGGCAGCAUGCAGCGCCACGCCAGGCAAAGAUCGCAGGGUUUGACUCUGUGACGCGCAGGGCAGCAGCAGCGGGUGGCGAGUUCUCGGUGGUGGGCGUGCCUGGGUACGUGGACCCGCACCUGCUGCUCUCCGAAGAACACACUCCCACUAAUGACCUCUACAGUCUGGGAGUGGUGCUGCUGCAGCUGUUGGCAGGCCGCAUUUCCCUCGCGUUAGAAAAGACCAUGCCACAGUUCUUCCGAGACACUUUACAAGCCAACAACUUGGCUGCUCUAUUUGAUCCUGCCCUCGCCUCCUCCUUCCUCCCACCCACCACCAAUACCAGCACAGUCAUCCCUAGCAGCGGCGCCACCAGCAGCUCCAGCACGUGUUCUAGCGCCGCCAGCACCACCAUGGCAGGCACAGCAGCUGCCAGCGCUGCUGAUACCACUGUGGGUGUUGUUCCCAUACCGAAUGUUCUUAUUCCCACUUUGUUGCAGCUGGCUCGUGUCGGGCUCGCAUGCACAGCCAUGCCUGCUUCCACUCGGCCGUCCUUGGGAAGAGUUAUUGCUGAGCUGGAGAUUGUGCGGGAUGACGUGGCAACAGCAUUGAGGCAGAUGGAGGAAGGGGUGGAGAGGCAGAGAGGGGAAUUGCAGGGAGGGAGGGGUGCCAUGGCAGGCAAUAGGGGAAAUGAGCGUUCGGGCUCGUGGGGCAAUCCUUCCCACGCCGAACCUUCCUCCACACUUCCUAAUCCUUCCACUCCUCCUUCGCAGCUUCCUCCUCCUCCUCCUCCUGCUGUGGUCGCCCCCUCCCCCUCCGCCCUCUCCCCGGCGCCGCUGCUGUGCCAGCAGGUGGCCAUGGCGGACGUGGUGCGUGCGACAGCCGGAUGGGCGAGAGAGAGGAGCAUUGGCAGCGGGCGGUACGGCGACGUGUAUCGCGGCGUGAGCCCCCUCGAUGCCUGCACGCUCUGGGCCGUCAAGCGCGCCAAAAUUCUCACCAACAAUUUCCGACGCGAGAUCAACGAGAUGGCAUCGAAGCACCACCCGCACCUGGUGCGGCUGCUGGGGUUCUGUGUGGACUAUGAUGCGGCGGCGGAGCGCAUGGAGCAGAUCGCCAUCUACGAGCUCAUGCCGCACGGGGACCUGCACCACCGCUUGCAUGGCCGUCACACAGGUAAUAUCACCCCCCUGACCCUGCUCCAGCGGCUGGACAUUCUGAUAGGAGUGGCGCGUGCGUUGGAGUAUCUGCACAGCUUUGGCAUCGUGCAUCGCGACGUCAAGCCUGCCAACAUCCUGCUGGACGCCCACAUGCAGGCGAAACUGGCAGACUUUGGUUUGUUGAGGUGCACAGUUGUGGUGGGCGAUGGCAGCUGCUCACUGCAGUCCACAGAAGUGAUGGGCACACCGGGCUAUGUUGACCCUGUAUAUAGAACGACUCACAUGGCCACUAUAAGUGCUGAUGUGUACAGCUUUGGAGUGGUCAUGAUGCAGCUGCUGACUUACAAACAUGUUGUGUUCCUAUGUGAAGAUGGAAAAGAAAUCAACAUCAAGGACUGG